AUGAUUUCAGCGGUUUGGACGAUAAGAAAUGGCUCGCGCUGGUAAGUUUUCAAUAUUAUACGUGAUCUUAGGUCUUAAAUUAAUGUGUUUAGUAGUUUAAUAGUUUGAUUUGUUUGUUUACUUACUAAUUUGAACUAGCGAAAGUUAUUACUUGGAGAAAGUGGGGUUUAAUCAGUGAAAGCGAUAUUGUUGUAGGUAUUGACUGGUGGUUGGUGGGGAAAUUAAUUUUUUUUGAGGAAUUUCAAAUGUUUGGGUAACAAAUUUGAUGUUUUUAGAAAGCUAAGCUUUUCGAAGUAGAACAAUUAAAAUCGAAAUUAUUUGGUUACUGUAACAAAAGUUAUAAGGCAUUUUUUGAUUUUUGCUUAAUUUCGGGAUGCUUUCCGUAUUUUACAAUAAAAAUGGAGUUAUUUAUUAAGUAUGUAUUGUUCGUUACAAAGUAAAUUCUGUUUUAAAACUUGUAUAAAAAAUUAUACUGAUCCGAUUACUGUAAUGUACACAAAUUUUGAAUUUUGUUUAGUAAGUUUGGCUUGAAGGGCUUUAGAAAAUGAUUGUUUUAGCCGAUUUAAAAUGUGAUUACUAAGGUUUGAUUGAUGAGUUUGUUAAGCUAUUAGAUUAAUAUUGAUUAUAUAAAAAUUUCAAGAAGAUUGGAUUACUGUAACAUACAAAAUUUUGCAUUUUAGUGUCCGAACCAUGGCUAGUAAGCCCCAGCAGUUUGUUGUGAAAGUGCCUGAAAUGCGGAAAUAUGUGGUCGAAUGUAUGAAAUCAGUUGGAGCUUCGGAAGACAAUGGCGGUAAAGUAGCGGAUCUACUGAUUUGUGCUGAUCUACGCGGACAUUAUUCACAUGGAUUGAAUCGGCUUCGGAUAUACAUGGAGGACUGUAGGAGUGGAAAUUGCAGUGCCAAUGCUGUGCCUGAGGUAAAAUAGAAGGAAUUUUGUUUGUAGGACUGAAAAUGGCGAUAACUUUCUGUAAAGGUCAUAAAAUGGCAAGAACUUUCUUUACAGAUUAUCAAAUGGCAAGAACUUUCUUUACAGAGCUUAAAAUGACAAGAACUUUCUUUAAACACCUAAAAAUGGCAAUAAAUUUCUUUACAGAGCAAAAAAUGGCAUUAACUUUCUUUACAAACCAUAAAAUGGCAAUAACUUUCUUUAAAAUUCAAAAAAUGGCAAUAACUUUUUUUAAAAGUCAAAAAAUGGCAAUAACUUUAUUUACCGGGCAUAAAAUGGUAAUAGCAAGAACUUUCUUUCCAGGUUUUAAAGCAAAAAGGUGCUACAGCCUGGGUUGACGGUAAGAACGGUCUGGGGGCAGUUGUGGGCCAUUUCUGCACUGAUUUGGCCGCGAAGUUGGCCAAGGAGCACGGAAUUGGAUGGGUGGUUUGUAAAGGAUCUAACCAUUAUGGCAUUGCUGGAUAUUGGCCAUUGUUACUCAAGAAACAGGGAUUAAUGGUAAAUUUUGAAAUUUAAUUUUUUUUUAAAUUUUAGGUUUUUAUAAAAAAAUUUAGGCUUCACUUUUAUCUGUACCUCUAGUUUUAAUGUAAAACUUGAAAAAACUUUCUUUCCAGGGCUUUUCUGGCACCAACACCUCGCCUUUGGUCUUUCCAAACCGUGCAUCACAACAUGCUUUAGGCACAAACCCUCUAGCUCUCGUGGCCGGUGCCAACGGCCAAGACGACUUUGCAUUAGAUAUGGCAACAUCAGCCGUGGCAUUGGGGAAAAUCGAGCUAGCUGAAAGGAAAGGAGAACAUAUCCCAUUACAAUGGGGCGCUGAUAAGCAAGGAAAAUCGACCACAGACCCGGUCGAUGUGACUCAACGCGGCGGCGGACUCUUACCCCUCGGCGGCGGCGAAGAAAGUGGUGGGUUUCUGUUUUUUGAGUAGUGGAAAGAAAGUUUUUGCGGUUUUGCAUAAAAUGAGUUUUGGAAAGAAAGUCAUUACGGUUUUUUGAAAAAUGAGUUUUGGAAAGAAAGUUAUUGCGGUUUUUUGAAAAAUGAGUUUUGGAAAGAAAGUUGUUGCCAUUCUAUGGUUUGUAAAGAAAGUUAUUGCGUUUUUUGAAAAAUGUGUUUUGGAAAGAAAGUCAUUACGGUUUUUUGAAAAUUGAGCUUUGGAAAGAAAGUUAUUGUCAUUUUAUGCUCUGUAAAGAAAUAUAUUGCGAUUUUUACUUUCAGGAGGCUACAAAGGAACUGGCCUAGGAAUGAUGGUCGAAAUAUUUUCUUCGAUUUUAAGUGGCGGAACAUUCGGGAAAAACGUUCGAACUUGGCGUGACACCGACAGAAUCGCGGAUUUGGUAGGUAAAAUACGAUGAUGUGAUCGCCAUAGUUUCAAUUUAGUCAUGAUUUCACUUUUUGUUAUUUAAAAAUUGCUCGAAAACUUUCUUUACAGCUCUAUUUUUGUCACUGACAAUCAAACGGAGUCGAACCCGGCUGACAUUUUUGAUUUAUAACUACUGUAGUUCUUACUGUAAUUUUUUGAAAUUUUGCAAAAUUUAAGCUAAGACUGCUAGCAAAUAGAUGCAUAAAAGAAAAUUUUAAAAAAUUAGCAAAAUCUUUUUUUACACAUCUAUUUUUUUCUCUUUCACCCAAGCGGAUUUGAACUCGUCUGACUUUUUCGAUUCAUAACUACUGUAUUUCUUACUGUAUUUUUUUAAAAUUUUUGUGUUAAUACAGCCAAGACCUUUACCAAUAUGUCACAUGAAUCAGAUUUUUGAAAAGUUUGCAAAAACUUUCUUUACAGCUUUAUUUUCUUUAUUUGCACCCAGGCGGAUUCGAACUGGCCUGACUUUUUGAUUCAUAAUUACCGUAGUUCUUACUGUAAUUUUUUCAACCUUUGUGUUAAUACAGCUAAAACCUUCACCUAUAACAUUCUGAAAUUAAAUUUUUAAAAGGUUGCAAAAACUUACUUUACAGCAUUAUAUUUUCCCAUAAACAUGUUAUUUUUCUAUUUCAGGGACAAUUCUUCGUGGCCAUAGAUCCGGACUGCUUCGCUCCCAACUUUAAUGAACGUCUACAACAAUUCAUAGAUGAAACGCGGAACUUACGACCGGUCGAUGAGAACAAAAAAGUCAUGGUACCAGGCGAUCCGGAGAGACUAAACAUCAAACGAAGUGAACAAGCUGGAGGUGUCAUUUAUGGCCAAAAACAGUUGGAUCAUUUGGUAAGGAGGGGUUUUUAAUGGCCAUAUGGAAUUGAUUUUGACAUAUUUUGUUCAUCGAACGUUGGGCUUGAAAAAAAAUUUGAAUUUAAUUUUUUCCGCCAAAAAUAAAAAUUCUUGGCAUUGUGUUUUAAGGCGAUUUUCGGGGGUAUAUUGUUGCAGAAUUGUGUAUUGUUAAGAUUUUUUUGUUUUUUCGUUGUAAAAUACGUUUUUUUUUGCAAGGAUAACUUUUGAAUUUUAGUUUUUCCGCCAAAAAUAAAAUUUCUUGGCAUUGUGUUUCAAGUCCGUUUUUGAGUAGGUAAAGUAAAGUAGAAUUGAAAAAAAUGUAAAUAAUGACAUUUUAAACCGUUUUCAGAUUGAAUUAGGCACUUCUCAUCAUGUACAGCCAUUCAACUACAGCCCCAUCAACUGA